GAGAGCCCAACCCAACUGCUCAGAGCUUGGAGGACUUUGAGGAGGAAGAGGUUGACGCCAUCGUGGGUUACAGCUUUAGGGCGGCGGAAGCCAAGCAACUUGUUGUUCACGACGUGAGUGAAUUCAGUGAAUAUGUGCCUCCGGACAACAGCGACGGGCGACGCAGGCUGGUGUACGACGAGGUGGCAACGUUCGUUCAACAGUUCUACGCCUCUCGAGCCACCGCCAGCCGUGAAGACACAGUUCGCAAACUGGCGUACGCAAAGCUCCUGGGCAAGGCCGCCUUGUACACUGAGGCAGGCAAACCUAGGUGCUACAACAGAAGACCGGAGCUUGAAACGAAGUUGCUCCAGCGCGUGAACGUUCAAGAACGUGUCGACGCUCUUGUAGAGAACUUUGACCUCAACGCCUUGACACCUGCGGUGGUGAUCUUUGACCCAGAGGAGGAGGACCUUCUCAAAACGGUAAGAAGGCGCUGGAAGCGUGGAGAUCCGAGCCUGUUAAUUGCAGCCGUGGAGAAGGUGGACGAGCGACAGGCCAAGCCCCCUUUCUUCACCCUCGUUGGCAACCACUCGUCGGCCGCACAUGUUGUGCGAUGGGAGCAGGAACGAGCCACACCUCUACUUCGCCGAACCUACGUAUUCUUUAAAAAUCAAUUGACGCAGGAGGACUUCAAGUUCAUGAGCAAGACAGAAAACCUUGCUGUGCAACGGGCGGCUACUACUACGGCGUACAAGGGCCACACGGAACCUCUCAACGUAAUCCCGUUCAUACGCAACUACUGGCUCCUACACGGGCGCCCGGAGAGGUCCAGGAAGAAGGCGGAGAACGCACAGUACUUGGAGUUCCAUUCUUUUCUGGAGGCCAUUCUGGAGAGGCCAGUCGGCGAUGGUGGGAAGGAAGAUUACGAGCAAGAGAAAAAAAAGCGCGAAGAAAAAUGGGACAGGAAAAUUAGUGCAGCGCGGGCAUUCAGAAAUGGCCUGACGCAGCUGCUGCCAAAAGAGAAGCACGUGGACUGGGAUCGCCGCGCGCAAUACAUCACAGGGUGGGACUGGAGCUGCCAGGACUCUAGGAAAGCGUUCGCGAACGGGUCGUUCAGGGUCUUCUGUCAGGGCCUCGUUCCCUCCAGCAAAGAACCCAUUCCUGACACCCGCAUCAAGGACCAGGUGCAGGAUUUCUUUGAGGAGGAUGUGGAUGCCGAAGAUUUCUACAAGAAGCUGAUUGCCCGUGAUGUGAGCAACAAGUCUUGGCUGCAACAGUUCGCAGUCCCCAGCAAGGCGCUCAAUGAGAAAAGGACAGUAAGCGGAGGCGUUGCAGUGGCCACGUUCGUGAAGUUGAUUGACGCAUACAAAGAGCUUCGCAGUCCUCAAGAGAGGUCAGUUCGUGAACAUCAGCUGCAAUUUGACACCACUACGGAGACGUAUUGGAACACAGCGAUUGUUGUGAAGCGGAUGGUCCCGAGGGGCAACCUGGUCCUGACAGGCGCCGGCAGCGGGCUACACGGAAAAACCGACAGCGAACGGCUUUUCGUAUCGCCAUUCUUAGACGUCGCAAAAGCGUGGCUGGCAAGGCAGCCAUACCUGCUGUUCUCCGAGGCCCAGUUGGUGAACUACCUCGAGAGUGCUGUGAUGGGGCCGCUGUUUCUCCUAGGCUACACCAUCUGCACGUCUGACAACAUCGCCAACGACAAUGUGGAGGAUUUCGUUCAGCUGAAGGACACCCCCGCCAAGAAGUGGUUGGACUUCUUGAUAAGGAGAGUUGGCCUUCCCCGCAACGUGGUGUUGAGGACCGUGAAAGACUUUGCUUCCUUCAGGACACUGGGGUGGAGAUGGGAUGUUUUUGACUUCUUGAAGUCCCAAGCACUGGAAGCAAGGCAAAGACAACAUCCGCUAAGUGACAUCGAAGGCGAUGCUGCGAUGGAAGGGCAAGAUGAUCCAAUGGAGUUGGGUAGCGAAGAAGAGGAAUCUGCCCAAUUGACUGACAAAGUGGCGGAGCUGCGCGUUUCGGGCGAAGGACAGGACAAGGGUCACGACGGGAACCAGAACAAACGGGAGGCCUCUACUGUAGUUGAGCCGCCACAGGAGGGAGGUUUCGAAAACUGGAAAGCCUUCAAGGACCGUGGCGACCGGUGGACCAAGUGCCGCAGUGACACAGAGCUUCAGGAUUUGGUGGAGUGGGUGGAGGACUGCAGCCCAAAAGACUGCGGGCACGCUCGCUCUGCUUUCGUCCCCUGGGGGCCAAUGGAGUUGGCAAGGUUCGUGACGCCAAGGCUGGGCGUUGAUUUUGGAGACGAUUCAGGACCAACAACAUCCCAGAAAGCCAAGGAAGUGUCUACACUCAUUCUUCAUGGAAAUGCCACGAGGGCGGAAACAUAUGCUCCGAUCAGGGAGAGAUUGACGCGCUGGCGCCUAGAGUGUGUUAUCGUGGACCCCCCGUUUGGUCUUGGGAAACACUCACAAGCUGAUGAUCCUUGGGACGACCGUGCCUGGACCUCCUCCGAGAUGCGUGGGGUGUUGAACGCUCUGAAGGACGCCGGCCUGCUGCCAGAAGAGACUCAAGCGUGGUCCGUGGCCAUCUACUUGAAGAUGGAGGACAUCGGGAGGAUGGUGGAAGAAUUACAGAG